AAUAAUGAAAGGGAUCUGCUACUGUCACGGAACAGAUGGUGUCUUGAUUAAGUUUUAUAAUGAUGGGAAAAGCUUCUUGUCGGCUUUUUGAGUGUAAUCGACUUGGGAGUCUAACCUCAGUGUGUUGGGGUUUGUAACGCUCGUCCUCGCCAAGACAAACUCAAAACUUUUACCCAAACUUGACUUGAAAAAUCACCUGAAUGCAUGUUUCUGCGUCAGUCGGACUAGACAUUCUUGAUCACUUUCUUGUUUGCUGUAGCGGCCAAAUCUGUGGAUGAAAACGGGGCGUGACUAGUGUCAUGAAGAAGAGCACUGCAAAUCAUCUGCGGAAAAACACUCAGGGAAGUUUUGCCGACGAAAUAUUCACAUUGUAUUGCUUAAGUCGCUUGACCUUUCGCUGAAACUGUCGCAAAGAUAGCAUACGAUCUCGCCCGAGACGGUACUUUUUUUUGGGUUUGUCUGUGUUCGCGGACCGGACUUCAAAACCACCAUGAAUCAUUUUUCGUUUUGAAGCAUCAAUCUGGAUAAAUAUUGCCAACUUCCUUUCUACAAUUUAUUGUUUGGAAGCAAGCAAUAAUCGAGUUCGGAGAUUUUUCCUUAAAUUCAAUCUGAUACCAUGGGAGACAUUUUAUAAAUGGCACCUAAACAACUGUCACCAAGGGAAAAAGACUUUGCCUUGCUUUCGCGAGCUGUUUAAUUAUAGAGGGUCCUUCUCUCUGAGCCACCAUGGUGAUCUUACCCAGAAGCAGCAAAGCCUCACUGGAUUUGGAUGGAUCAUAGAUAAAACAGGAUGAAGAUGAGGCCGUCGGGGGCGGCCCUGCUGCUCGCCUGCGCUCUGAUCGUUUGUUCUCCGCCAGUGUCCACCGGCAACCGCAAUGUCAUGAGACCAGCAGCUCAGACCCAGGUGAAGCCUGGGACCUGCGAGGUGGUGGCUGCCCACCGCUGCUGCAACCGGAACAAGAUUGAGGAGCGAUCGCAGACCGUCAAAUGCUCCUGCCUACCUGGGCAGGUGGCGGGGACCACAGAAGCUCGGCCCUCCUGUGUGGAAGCCUCCAUCGUCCGUCAGAAGUGGUGGUGCCAGAUGAGGCCCUGUCUGGAUGGGGAGGAGUGCCGAGUGCUCCCUGAUCUCACCGGCUGGUCUUGCGUCUCCGGGAACAAGGUCAAAACCACCAAGGUGAGCCCCCCCCCCUUCCUGGCAGGCGGCGGCCCGCGGAGAGAACCUGCGAGACGUUGCCGGGUUGGUCGUCUGCAAAGUGUAGCAAAGAAGGCCACGGAGAGCCAUGAGGUUUGAUGGCCUGGCAUGGGUCUAACAGGUUUCAUGAAAUAAGUGAGAAAACACAGGGGUGUGUUAAUUGGAACAGGAGAAUAUUCUGGACUGAUUUUUUGUCAAAGGUGUUAAUGCUGUGCCAUCAUAAGGAUUCAAAUU